GUGACGCAGUAGACCCCGCCCCUUUCGGGUGAUGUCACGGGCAGCCAUCUUGGAUCUCGGGAGAGACGAACAAGGCGCCCCCCGCCCGCCCGCCGUCUCCAGAAACAUGGCUGCACGGUGACCAGGACUGGGAACUGAAUAUUCAAGGAUAUUCACCAUUUAGGAAGGACAGACAAGAGGAAAAGGAGGUCACCAGGACAUGUCCACAAUGGUUUACCCACGUGAUGAGAAACUCAGUCAGGAGGACAUCAUUUCCAACACUAAGGUGGUGAUACAGGGUCUUGAGGCUCUGAAGAAUGAACAUAACUCCAUCCUGCACAGUCUGUUGGAGACCAUCAGCUGUCUAAAGAAGGAUGAGGAGGCCAAUCUGGUGCAUGAGAAAUCGAACCUCAUCAGGAAGUCUGUGGAGAUGAUCGAGCUUGGUCUUGGAGAGGCUCAGGUGAUGAUGGCUCUGUGCACUCACUUGAACACAGUGGAGUCAGAGAAACAGAAGCUGCGAGCCCAGGUCCGCCGGCUCUGUCAGGAGAACCAGUGGCUGAGGGAUGAACUGGCCAAUACCCAGCAGAAACUGCAGCGAAGCGAGCAAACAGUGGCUCAGCUCGAGGAGGAGAAGAGGCACUUGGAGUUCAUGAACCAGCUGAAGAAAUACGAUGAUGACAUUUCUCCUUCUGAAGAAAAGGAGGGCGACUCCUCAAAGGAUUCACUGGAGGAUCUGUUUCCAGAAGAGGAAGAGCAUGGCACAGGAAUCAGUCACCCUCACAGCAGCAGUGCUGUUGCAGCUGCCCAGCAGGGUGGCUACGAGAUCCCAGCCCGCCUGCGGACCCUGCACAACCUGGUGAUCCAGUACGCCUCCCAGGGACGCUACGAGGUAGCAGUGCCCCUCUGCAAGCAGGCACUGGAGGAUCUGGAGAAGACUUCAGGCCACGAUCACCCUGAUGUAGCCACCAUGCUUAACAUCCUGGCACUGGUCUACAGGGACCAGAAUAAAUACAAGGAGGCAGCCCAUCUGUUAAACGAUGCCCUGUCCAUCAGAGAGAAGACCUUGGGCAAGGACCACCCAGCUGUGGCAGCAACACUCAAUAACCUGGCUGUUCUGUAUGGCAAGCGAGGCAAGUACAAAGAAGCCGAGCCUCUGUGUAAGAGAGCGCUGGAAAUCCGGGAGAAGGUCCUGGGCAAAGAUCACCCUGAUGUAGCCAAACAGCUGAAUAAUCUGGCGCUGCUGUGUCAGAACCAGGGCAAGUAUGAGGAGGUGGAGUACUAUUACAGACGGGCUCUGGAAAUCUACGAGUGUCGGCUCGGACCUGACGACCCAAACGUGGCCAAGACCAAGAACAACCUGGCAUCAUGCUAUCUGAAGCAAGGCAAGUACAAAGAGGCAGAGACUCUGUACAAGGACAUCCUAACUCGUGCUCACGAAAAGGAAUUCGGAUCAGUCAAUGGUGAGAACAAACCCAUCUGGAUGCAUGCAGAGGAACGUGAAGAGCUCAGUAAGGGCAAACACAAGGACAGCGCUCCGUACGCAGAGUACGGCGGCUGGUACAAGGCUUGCAAAGUCACCAGUCCUACAGUCAACACCACACUGAGAAAUCUUGGAGCAUUGUACAGACGACAGGGCAAGCUGGAAGCUGCUGAAACUCUUGAGGAGUGUGCUACCCGUUCCCGCAAACAGCUGCAGCCUACCACUGGCAUCGAUCCCAUUCACCAGAGCAGGGUCGUGGAGAUUCUGAAGGACGGGGAGCCUGCUGAUCGGAGGAGGUCCCGUGACAGUGCGGCUGGCCCCCCAGUGAAGUAUGAGAGCAGUUUGGAAGGUGGUGAGGAAGUCAGCGUGGCGGUGGAGUGGACUGGGGCUUAAUGCUGCCAGCGACCACCUUGUAGCCCAAGCGAGGAUGUGUGUGUGAUACCUCAGGCUGUCCAUUCACAGCGAUUCCUUCUCUACCAUUCCUGCCUCUCUGCAUCCAGAACCUCUUCACUACCUAAACCAAAAUCACCCAUGGACUGUCUGCUUCUCUCUGCUGCCUACUUGACAAACCCCCGAUUGCUUCGUCACACACCUGCUUUUGGAAGAGACUGUUCUUUGUGUUUAAUGGGGAGUGAACUGCUUGUGUUACCUCUGGUCAACUUUGACACUGGCCUGGCCUGGUUUGAUUCAGUCCUCAACAUCACCACUUUGUUUCCCAUGGCCUGAUGAAAUUUUGCUGCUUGUGGAAAAUCAUUUGAGAAAGGAAUAGCUUGGCUCUGAUUGUUCCAGAAGGCAGUGAGACACAGAUAGUGAAGGUGGGGGGAGGUGACAAAGACUGAGAGCCUUUCCCAUUGUGUGUGUCUGUGUGAGAGAGUGAGAGAAAGCAGGUGAAAGUAAGUGUUCCCCCCUCCUUUGGAUGUGUGAGAGACCCUGUAUUCGUGUGUAUGUGUGUGUGCCUGUGUGUUUGUGUCGCCCUGUGUAUCACGAGUGCGUGUGUCCCUAACUAUGUGUGUGUACAUGUGUAAAUGUGCGUGUGUGUGUUGAUGAGUAUCUCUGUAAUUCAGCAUGUCCUUUUGUGUGUGUGUGUGUAAGUGCAUUCCUGAAUGAGCCUGCGCAAACGUGUGUCCCAGUAUGCAGGUGUGUAAGGACGUCCCUAAACGUGUAAGAGUGUCAACAAGUGUGUUUGGGUGAGCAAGCGUGUGCCUGAUUGAGAAUAAGUAUGAAGGUGUAUCCCAGUAACCAUGCGGUUUUUCCCCGUGCAGAACCGAGUGGUGUUCUUUGUCACCUCCUGCCACACUCACCCUCUCUGUCCCAGUCCCUGUGAGUGCUCGAUGGGGAACGCUGUAGAGGGAGUUUUACUCUGUAUCGAACUCCGUGCUGUCCCUGUCCCUGGGAGGGUUUGGUGGCAGUGUAGAAGGAGCCUCACCCUGUAUUGAACUCCGUGCUGCCCCUAUCCUAGCAGAGUUUGAUAAGGGACAGUGUCGGUGCCUGUUUUAAUUUUUAGGAAUUUCCAACUGAGGUUCUUCUGAAAUGAUACCUCUUUGAUUUGUUGCUACCACUUGUUCUGUUAUCACUGUCCUCCUGAACCCAGCUUUUCGCUUUUGAGGUGACAUUCCUGUGUUUUUUUUCUUCGAUGUAACUUUUUGUAUUCUGCUUAGUACCAGUAGUGAUUUCAUGAUUGAAUAUUGUGUCUGCUGUUAA